GAGAGCAUGAUGCCCCUGGUCAUCCCUGUGUCAGUCCCGUACGAAGGCCAGACCCGUCCUCGUCCUCCCCAGACGGGGAACACUCUACCCCGGGGACAGGCUGGCCACAGAGACCCUUCACCCUCCAGGACGUGACCGGUAUGGAUGGCAAACCUUCCGUCAUUGUCACCCGCAGGCGAUCUCUCAGGAACUCUCUGUCAGAGAGCUCAGGACAGAACGGUGGAAUGGAGGGAGGGAACGACAACGACGGCAAGAAGCCCAAACGUCGUCCCCGGCCCGAACCCCUCUUCAUCCCGCCUCCCAAGCCUGGCACUUUCAUCGCCCCUCCUGUCUACUCCUGCAUCACUCCCUACCAGAGCCACCUCCGCUCCCCUGUCCGGCUAAUAGACAACCCCCUGACCAUGCCGCCCUAUACCCCCCCGCCCAUCCUCAGCCCGGUGAGAGAGGGAUCAGGUCUCUACUUUUCUACCUUCCUCUCCUCUGCUGCAUCCAGCCAGGGUCUGCCUCCAGCCAGGGUCUGCCUCCAGCCAGGGUCUGCCUCCACCCAGGGUCUGCCUCCACCCAUCACGCCAAAAUCAGCCACACGCAGCCUGCUGCGAUCCAACAGCGUUGACAUAACCCCACCUCUGCUCUCAACGAUCGGUGAGGCCACCCCAGUCAGCAUAGAACCGCGUAUAAACAUCGGUGUGAGGUACCAGGCAGAGGUACCAGAGCUGAGGCAGCUUUCAGCGGCCCAACAAGACCAUCCCAAGGCUGAGCUGGUCUGGGCUCCUCUCCACGACCUGGAGGCUAAACCUGAAGACCAGGAGAGAGUGGAUGACCUCAUGAACCUGGCGUGCUCAAGCGCUCUGCAUGGCGGAGGGACCAAUCAGGAGCUGGCUCUGCACUGCCUGUACGAGUGCAAGGGUGACAUCAUGGAAGCGUUGGCCCUUCUGCUAUUGAAAAAACCCAUCUUCCCAAAGAACCACCGUCUAGGAUACUACCACUACUCCGGGUCAGACAGCUGGACCCCAGUAGAGAGAAGUUGCUUUAACAAAGGGAUCGCUGCCUAUAAGAAAGACUUCUUCAUGGUCCAGAAACUGGUAAGCACUAAGACGGUGGCUCAGUGUGUGGAGUUCUACUACAGCUAUAAGAGGCAGGUGAAGACGGGUCGGAACGGAGCUCUGAUCUACGGAGACCUGGACCCACCUGAGAGCAGGAACACUGAGGAGGAGCUGGACCACAAGAGCUCCCAGAGCUGUCAGAGAUUAGAAUCUCGGAAGGAAGAGGAAGACAACAGGAAUUGGGAGGGGUCAGUUGACAGGAAGCACCGGGGCUCCAGUCCAAGCAGGGUGACACAGACGUUACAGGCCACAGAGAACGCUGGAGCGGUCCUGGUGCUGAAGACACAGGAGGAUGUGAGGAGAGACCAGAUGUCUUCCCGGGUCAGUCACCCCCCUCAGCCCUCUCCCAGCGCCUCCUCAAAACCACGGCCGCCUCCCAAGACCGGGACCAUAUCAGGGACCAAGGGCCCCGCCGGACCAGAGGGAGAGUUCCCUUGCAAGAAGUGUGGCAGGAUCUUCUACAAGGUGAAGAGCCGCAGUGCCCACAUGAAGAGUCACGCGGAGCAGGAGAAGAAGGCUGCAGCGCUGAGGCAGAAGGAGGCGGAGGAGAGGGCAGCGGCCCAGGCGGCAGCAGAGGCUGUAGCGUUACUGGCCGCCCGGCAGGACGGGGAACGGGAGGGGAACACAGCCGGAGGAGACAGCACAAACGAUGACUCGUCUGAGGAAGAUGAUGAUGAAGAGGAAGAUGAGGACUGGCACUAAGACCAUAGAGAUAGAAAUCGAGCCCACCCCACCUGUCUUUGCCAUUAUGGCAAGUUUACGCUCAAUCUAUCUGGCUUAGACAGACAGACAGCCCUCUCCACGGUCAGGGUGAGCGGUAACAAACAGAACAGAGCAGAACUCUGAGGCCUCAGAACCCUAGCGCCCUCGAGUGUUCAGCUACGGCUCCUAACACUCAAGGGACAUUUUACGCCCCCCUUUUACGCCCUGUUGUUACACCCUCUAGUAACGCCCUCUUGUAACGCCCUCUUGUUACGCCCUCUUGUUACGCCCUCUAGUUACGCCCUCUUGUUACGCCCUCUUGUUACGCCCCCCUUUUACGCCCUCUUGUUACGCCCUCUAGUAACGCCCUCUUGUUACGCCCUCUUGUUACGCCCUCUUGUUAGGCCUGCUUUAGCAGCAUUUCUCUCUGGGAAAAAACUGUCUUUAUAAACAAACUGCUUUUUUUAUUGUUUCAUGGAACAGGAUCUCCUAUCUUGACACUUUCAGGGACAAGUUCUCUCACGUGUUUUCUCCCUCGUCCCUUUAACCUGCUUGUGAAGUGUUCAGGGGUUAACUCUCUCUCAGGCACACAGUAGGGUAGGAAAGAAAGCCAUGCCAUCUCUCUCUCUAACACCAAUACUUUUCUUUCUCCUGUCUGCCAUCCACCCCUGGCUUCUUCCUCUUCCUGUUAGCACUUUCAGCCAAUCACAACACAGCACACAGACUCAUCAGGUGGGAACUAUAUAGACACGCCCUCAGCCCAGCCUUUAAAAACUAGAAUAGUUUGUGAUGCCUUGCAAUGCAAGACUACAUGAACCACAAUGCAACCCGGCUUGGCCACUGCUUUCUCUACUCUCUGAUCCUCAGUUUGAUAUGUUAUUACGAAUAGAAGGACACCAUAUGAGUGAUUGGGACCAUGCAAUAUUGAAGUUGAAAGGACUUCCAGGUCAUGAAAAGCCAAGAUAGACUGAUGUGGUGGUAACACCAAAGAUGGUGGAGAAAUGAAGAUUCCCCACUCAGGCAGUUUACCAUUGAAAAAAAUGGUCAGUUCCAGUCUGCUUAAUGGGGUGGCUCUCCCAUAGGCACCACUGCAUUAGUAGCUGGGUCUGAUCCGCUUCGUUCAGUGACUACAUGAACCAGAAAAAGUGGGAUGUCUCACUUCUUCCGUCUCUCGUAACACUGCCUGUGUGGUGGCUUACCUAUAUGUGAAGGAAGGAACCGUUUAGAGAACAGAACACACAUUGUUGUGCGAGUUUCUAUAUUUUUCCUGUUUGGGACUUUUUCACUCACUCAAGGCUGUCAAAAGCUUGCACAGAUGCGUCGGUCCUCAGUUCACUGAACUGGUUUCAUCUUAGUUUCAAGUGCUGUUCUCAGUUGGAUCCCUACCCUGAUCACUUGUUUUAUAGUCAUCAUGUGGUGUUUCUCCUCACUGUCGAGGCCUUGGAUGUUUUUAACACUUUAUCUUUGGAUGAACGACAAUCAAUUUUACAAAGGUUCUUUUUAUAUCCAACGAAUUACUGUUGCUUUUUUGCUUAUUAUAUCAACUUGUUAAUGUUGUUUUUUGUUAAUAAUAUUGUUAUUAAUAAUGUCACGUUGUCUCUUGUUUUAUUGUGAUUUUGGAUUGUUUUUGCGACAGGAUGCUUUGGAGAUCUUUCUCAUUUGACUGUAGUGUAGGGUUAUUUAAGACAUUGCUUUCGCUGUCUGUUUUGAACUGUGAGGUUUUAGAAUUACAUCUAAAGACAGUCUGAGUAGAGAAGAGAUGUGAAACAGAAUUGUAAACGUGCAGUAGAUAGAAGAACCACGUGCUCCCUGAUGACAACACCCCCUCUUAUUCCUUGUAUCCAGAUGUCACCCAAAUUUAAAACGGUUUAGGUAAGGUAAGGGUAGGGGUUAUGGUUAGGGUUUAGGGUAUGGACAUCCCAAGGAUUCUGGGAUAGCACUAACCACAUCAUUACGGCACGAGGAAAGAGUGAGGAAAACAUGAUGAUGAUGUUAACUGUUGAAUGAUGUUGACUUGAAUGAUGUUGACUUGAAUGGGUAUGUCCAUUCUAUUUCUAUAGUCUAUUCUAUAGAAAAGGAUGUCUCUGUCUGUCUGACUAUCUUAUUGUCGACAUAUCUCGUUCUGCCAAGCUCCAUAUCUCUAUUUCUAUUGCCUCCUCCAAGCCAGACCAGACUCUAUCUGUCGCCAAGGCAACAAAGGAGCAGGCUGAAGAUUCUUCUCUUUAAGCAGUCAGCCACAGUGGGGAGCAGGGAGGAACAGCUCCAAUUACCGGACCCAGUUAAACCUACCUGGGUACUAUGCACUGUGUGUGUGUGUCAGAGGAGGCUGGCGGGGAGGGCUAUAGGAGGACGGGCUCAUUGUAAUGGAAUACAUGGAACCGUAUCAAACAUUUACAUUUGAGUCAUUUAGCAGACACUUUUAUCCAGAGCGACUUUCAGGAGCUAUUAGAGUUAAGUGCCUUGCUCAAGGACACAUCGACAUAUUUUUUGCCUAGUCAGCUCAGGAAUUCCAACCAACAACCUUUUGGUUACCGGCCCAAUGCUCUUAUCUCCUAGACUACCUGCCACCACCAGAAACAACGUGUUUGACUCCAUUCCACUGAUUCCAUUCCAGACAUUACAAACAGCCCAUACUCCUAUAGCUCCUCCCACCAGCCUCUUCUGGUGUGUGUGUUUGUGAGUGUGUGAUGUGUAUGCAUUCUGGAGUGUGUGAUGUGUAUGCAUUCUGGAGUGUUUGUGAGUGUGUGAUGUGUAUGCAUUCUGGAGUGUUUGUGAGUGUGUGAUGUGUAUGCAUUCUGGAGUGUUUGUGAGUGUGUGAUGUGUAUGCAUUCUGGAGUGUUUGUGAGUGUGUGAUGUGUAUGCAUUCUGGAGUGUUUGUGAGUGUGUGAUGUAUAUGCAUUCUGGAGUGUUUGUGAGUGUGUGAUGUAUAUGCAUUCUGGAGUGUUUGUGAGUGUGUGAUGUAUAUGCAUUCUGGAGUGUUUGUGAGUGUGUGAUGUGUAUGCAUUCUGGAGUGUUUGUGAGUGUGUGAUGUGUAUGCAUUCUGGAGUGUUUGUGAGUGUGUGAUGUAUAUGCAUUCUGGAGUGUUUGUGAGUGUGUGAUGUAUAUGCAUUCUGGAGUGUUUGUGAGUGUGUGAUGUAUAUGCAUUCUGGAGUGUUUGUGAGUGUGUGAUGUAUAUGCAUUCUGGAGUGUUUGUGAGUGUGUGAUGUAUAUGCAUUCUGGAGUGUUUGUGAGUGUGUGAUGUGUAUGCAUUCUGGAGUGUUUGUGAGUGUGUGAUGUAUAUGCAUUCUGGAGUGUUUGUGAGUGUGUGAUGUAUAUGCAUUCUGGAGUGUUUGUGAGUGUGUGAUGUAUAUGCAUUCUGGAGUGUUUGUGAGUGUGUGAUGUAUAUGCAUUCUGGAGUGUUUGUGAGUGUGUGAUGUGUAUGCAUUCUGGAGUGUUUGUGAGUGUGUGAUGUGUAUGCAUUCUGGAGUGUUUGUGAGUGUGUGAUGUAUAUGCAUUCUGGAGUGUUUGUGAGUGUGUGAUGUAUAUGCAUUCUGGAGUGUUUGUGAGUGUGUGAUGUGUAUGCAUUCUGGAGUGUUUGUGAGUGUGUGAUGUGUAUGCAUUCUGGAGUGUUUGUGAGUGUGUGAUGUGUAUGCAUUCUGGAGUGUUUGUGAGUGUGUGAUGUAUAUGCAUUCUGGAGUGUUUGUGAGUGUGUGAUGUAUAUGCAUUCUGGAGUGUUUGUGAGUGUGUGAUGUAUAUGCAUUCUGGAGUGUUUGUGAGUGUGUGAUGUGUAUGCAUUCUGGAGUGUUUGUGAGUGUGUGAUGUAUAUGCAUUCUGGAGUGUUUGUGAGUGUGUGAUGUAUAUGCAUUCUGGAGUGUUUGUGAGUGUGUGAUGUGUAUGCAUUCUGGAGUGUUUGUGAGUGUGUGAUGUGUAUGCAUUCUGGAGUGUUUGUGAGUGUGUGAUGUGUAUGCAUUCUGGAGUGUUUGUGAGUGUGUGAUGUAUAUGCAUUCUGGAGUGUUUGUGAGUGUGUGGAAUGCCGCGUGCAAGUUUUCUUUUUCUAGUGGAAUAUCACUCUGAAAUAUAAUUUAGCCAGUUGAGAGAAGAGGUUUUAUCCUGACUGUUCACUUUUGUAACCUCAAUGUAUCUCUCUUUACCCUUUUUUUAAUUAUUAUUUUUCUCCCCACAAGAUUGUCAUGGGGAAGUGUUUGUUUUGACAUGUUAUUUUAAUAGUGUAAAACAGAAUUAAGGAGGAAGUUGAGGGAGGGCAUGCCACGAAUGCCAAGAAGCUGGAAGCCUUAUUCACUUUCAUUCAAUAAGUUAAGGGAAUAAAACACUUUACAUUUUAUUUACAUUAAGAAUAUCUAUGAAUUAAACUCUAUGAAUGCAUACUUUGUAUGCUAUUUUCCUAUGGGAGUUCAUUUCACACUAAGGAUGUAAAAUGGAAUGGAAUCUCAAGUGCUUUUUACUACAAUGUAACUUAUUUGGUUAAAUUAGAUUUUUACUACCUGUGUGUUUUUGUAAUAAAAAAUGGGGAAAGCACUGUUUAUUAAAAUGUUACAAUACUCAUGAAAUAA